AUGGCGGACAUCCACAUCUAUUUUGGCUCGCAGUCAGGAACAGCCGAGAGUUUCAGUGAGGACUUGAAAGAUGAGGUGGAGAAAGAAGGCUUGACAGCCGAGGUGCGCGACCUCCAGACGUUCACUCCACAGGGAUUUGCAGCUUCUCGCGUCGUCAUCAUGGUGGUUGCCACAUAUGGAGAUGGCGAGCCCACGGACAACGCAGUGGCUUUCCAUCGCUGGGCGUCCAACCCGAAGAAUGACGGUGCUUUGAAAGGUCAGCGGUACACUGUGAUGGGAUUGGGUGACAUGAAUUAUUCGCGCUUCAACCAGAUGGGCCAGUUGACAGACCUCAAUUUAGAGAGACUCGGUGCAACCCGUAUCUACAAGAGGGGAGUUGGAGACGAUAGUCAGGACAUCCUGGAAGACUUCGAGAAAUGGAGGAACGGUGGCCUAAUUGAAAAAAUCAAAGCUGCCGUUGAGGAAGCAAACAAGGAAAGUCCUCCUAAGCAGAUGCGUAUCACACCAAGUGCCACCGCGGAGAAUGGAACAAAGAAAGAGCUGCCUUUUGGCACUCCCGCCCUGGUUCUAGCUGAGCCAGGUAAAUCGCUUCCAGCCGAAGACGGCGGUGAACCAACAGAUGUGACGGCACGUUUCUACUUCGAGGCGGAGAAGGCCAAGGUGUUGAAGGUCAAGGAGCUGCGACAAGUGCGGAAUUUGGAAGAGGGUCUCUCCACAAUGGAGGUGGAGAUUGAGGCUUGCGGAAAGCUUGAACAAUACACAGCAGGCGGCACCUUGGCACUGCUGCCGAGAAAUUGCCCGUCUGAUGUGAGCGCGAUGCUGAAGCUUCUUGGUCUGACGGAAAAGGAUUUGAGCAGGCAGCUGACCUUCAAAGCAGCUGAAGGAGACAGCAUGACCGUGAAGAAACCGUUCCCGACACCGUGCACACUGGGGGAUGCACUGUUUUGUUUCUGUGACCUGGCCCGCGUGCCCAGCAAGAAAAUGCUAACAUCGAUGCAAGACAAACUUUCUGAAGAUGCCCGUGGCUUGAUUGGUAAACUCGUGGCAGACGCAGAGGCACUAAAGCUGCUGCAGUCGCCGAACGUGUGCUGCCGCAUGCAUGAGUUCUGGGCUCUUUUGGGCGUAGCAGGACUUGACCUGGCGGAUUUUCUGCUGUAUUGCCCGCGGCAAAAGCCACGGGAAUACACCAUCGCCUCCUCUCCAUUAGUUGCUGCGAAGCGCAUCACCCUUUGUGUGAGCCUUACCAGUCACGAUUCCGCUGAAUUUUCUGCAGCGGUAGGGAAGUUGGCUGCAUCCGGAUGCUUACCGCCUGCUGCAAAAGCCGAGCAUUGCCGCUUCCAGGGGCUGUGUUCUCGAUGGCUUUCCACAGAGCUCGCAGAAGGAGACACAGUGCUUGCGAAAUACCGGCCUUCAGCUUUCCGGCUGCCAGACAAGGAUGUCCCCAUAGUCAUGGUUGGUGCUGGCGCAGGGGUUGCUCCCUUUCGAGCCUUCUGGGAUGAGCUGCGCAGAGGUCCACAAAAGGCUCCAGCAUCCUUGUUCUUUGGUUGCCGGAACCCUGAUCAGGAUUGGCUGUUCAAGGAUGAGAUGAGCGGAGCUGUGAAGCUUGGUGGUGGUUGUGCUGCCCUUGCUCGGAUGCAGGUGGGCCCGAAACGACCAAUUUCAAGCCUUUUCACCGCCUUCUCACGGCCCUCCAACGGAAAGGCGAAGUGCUAUGUUCAGGACGUCAUCAAGGACCAAGGUGAGACUGUGAAGGCCUGGGUACAGAACAUGGGCGGAUACGUCUACAUCUGUGGCUCAACUGCUAUGGGCAAUGGAGUGCUGGAAGCGCUGUCAGAAGUUCUAGAGGGUGGCAAGGAGAGGGUGGAGGAAAUGCGCAAGUCCGGGCGGAUCAUUGCAGAGGGCUUCAAGUUUGAUGAACGCUUGUGGAAGCAGUUCCUGCGCAUUGCGCAGCCAUAUUUUCUUCCUAUUGCCGAAGAUGACGAGCAAGAAGAAGGACCAGGCUUCCUUGCCCUCAUCGGAGCUACUCUGCUUGGCGUGGUCGGCGGCACGUUCCUUUUAGCACUCGCUGCUGGCUCUGCUGCUCGGGCAUUGCUGCCGCUGCCAGAAGGCUUGACUGCGACCUUGUCCUCUAUGUCACAGGCUCCUUUCUUUGUUGCAGCUGCUGUUGCGCUGGUGGUGGCUGGUGCAACUUUCUUCCCAUCGCGUCAGCGCUUGGAGGGGCGCUGGCAGCAGUGGGGUCUGCUCGCUUUGCUCUUAUUCCUGCUGUUCUGCGUAACGGGCCUCAAUGUCCUUCUCAGUUACGUUUUUCGAGCCAUCGACAACGUCUUGGUGGCAAAGGAUGAAGCUGGCUUCAUGGAACAGCUUGGGGUCUUCGCCGCUGCACUUGUUGUGGCAGUGCCUGUGAUCAGUGGUUAUCGCUAUGUUCGACUCAACCUAGGCCGUUACUGGCGGCAAGACCUUACCGAGCUUUUUCUGGACAAAUACCUCUCGGAUCGAGCAUUCUACCUGCUGGAUUCGAAUUCCCAGAGCACCAAUGUGGACAACCCGGAUCAACGAAUCUCGGAGGAUGUGAACUACUUCACAAAAGUUACACUGGACUUCCUGCUGGAUGUGCUGGACAGCAUACUGAAUCUUAUUUCCUUUUCUGCCAUUCUCUGGUCAACUUCUCAAAGUCUGACUGGAGCACUGGCUAUUUAUGCAAUCGUUGGAACAUAUAUUGCAAUUGCUCUUGGAGGACGCUUGGUUGGCCUGAACUACAAGCAGUUGAGGCUUCAAGCAGAUUUUCGCUACAGCUUGGUGCACAUCAGGGAUAAUGCAGAAGCCAUCGCCUUCUAUGGUGGUGAGAGGCGAGAGCAGCGAGAGGUCACGGGCAAGCUGGACGCUGCACUUCAGAACUAUGAUCAGCUGAUUAUUUGGGAGACGGGCUUGUCGGCUUAUCAGAAGGCGUUCUUCUACCUUGCCCGGCUAGUCCCAUACUCCGUUCUUGGCGGUCUCUAUUUCUCUGGGCAGGUUGACUUCGGCACCCUCGGGCAAGCGCAGUUUGCGUUUAGUAUGGUCCUCGGGUCGGUGACCAUCAUUGUGUCCCGCAUACAGGAGAUUUCGCGCUUCUCUGCUGGGAUUUCUCGAUUGGGGGCCUUCUGGGAGGCCCUGUUGCCAGAUGAGGCGACAGCGAGCAAGCGCAUCCAGACUGAAGAAGGUUCCGGCCUUCAGCUGAACAUGACGCUGUACACCCCAGAUGGCGCUCGGCUGCUUGUGGAAGAGCUGGAUGUCGCACUACAGCAAGCAGGACCAAACCGACGCUUGCUGGUUGUGGGCAGCUCCGGCGUCGGCAAAAGCUCGGUGCUCCGUGCGGUGGCCGGGCUGUGGACGCGUGGGGAAGGCCACAUCAAGAGACCGGCAGCGUCCGAGAUGCUUUUUCUUCCGCAGAGGCCCUACAUGCCUCUCGGAGACCUGCGGACGCAGCUACUGUAUCCGUCGGAGGGCACGCUGGGCCACAUGCCAGACCAAGACUUGCUAGAGAUACUCGCUCGCUUUGGCUUGGCCGACCUCCCAGACCGCUUUGAGGGCGGCUUUGAGGCAGUGCAGGAUUGGUCACGGGUCUUGUCCCUCGGGGAACAGCAGCGAUUGGCGGCGGCACGAUGCUUUACAACGAGCCUUGCUUAA